AUGUCAUACUAUCAGCAUAAUCAACCAGAUAAUAUGCAAUUCUACCAGUCAAACUAUGCCAAUGCCGCGUUUCAGCAACCGAACGUCGCCAGCCCCAACUUGGGCUCGAUGGACCUGAUGUUUGGGGCUCAUUUCGACGUCUCUGGCGAUAUGGGUGGUGAGCUCACGCCAGGCAUAAUUGCUGCUUUCGGUACCUCGGGAUACCCGGGAGAACCGCCAUUGUUGGAGGAGUUGGGGAUAAACUUUCUGCAUAUCAAGGGCAAAACGCUAGCGGUGUUGAAUCCCAUCAGGAGGGACGUGAACCCGGAAAUUAUGGCUGACUCCGACUUGGCCGGGCCAAUCUUGUUUGUGUUGUUGUUUGGCACUUUGCUACUAUUAUCCGGCAAGCGACAAUUCGGUUAUGUGUACGGUGUGGGUGUGUUUGGCAUUGUCAGUUUGCAUUACCUUUUCAAAUUGAUGAGUAGAGACGUUCAAAUUGACUUGACACGCUCAGCGUCGAUUGUUGGCUACUGUCUAUUACCAUUGGUGUUCAUAUGUGCUUUGGGUCUCGUCAUAUCAUUGGACUCGACAAUUGGCUACUUGUUGAGUGCAUUUGCCGUUUCUUGGUGCACCUUUAGUGCCUCUGGUCUUUUCAUUACUGCUUUGAAAUUGCACAACAUGCGUUCCUUGAUCGCUUACCCCCUCGGCCUUUUCUACUCAGUUUUUGCCUUGAUGGCUAUCUUCGUCGACUCUAAGCACGGCGACAUCAAAAUGCUGGCCACGUAG